AGCUUCUAGAAUGCACAGCAGUUGAAGGAAGAGCAAGGAGACCACUGCAGGGGAAGGGCAAGUCCAGAGUGCCAAGGGCUACUGUGACGACUCAAGGGCCAUGAUUCCAGCUGGCUGCCAGUAGAAAGGAAACAACAGCAACCACCACCCAACAUCUUCCCCUCUGGACAAUGACACAACCUACGUGCCACCUGCAGCCCCAAUGAGAAAAAGGAAAAGGAGGAGGAGGAGGAGAGACCUUGAAGUGAAAUCCUAUGUGAGGGGAAAAGGGACUUUCCAUCUGUUUCAAGAGCGGUGAGUUUAGCCCCCACAAAGAGCACCGAGCGAGAGGGCUGGGAGACGUUUGCCAGUGGUCCAGGCCUACUCAACGGACAGAGGAACUGUGCAUUAAUCUGCCCCACCGAGGUGUCAUAGCAGAGAAGCAGAAUGGAUGACGAUCCAGAGCCCGGUCUCGACGAAGCCGUCCUGGGCAGCUGCGAAGUGAGCGAGCAAUCGUUCAGCGUUGCCGAGUUGCAGAAAUGCACCCUUGAGGACGAGGUGAACAUCCACCAGGAAGGUGGGGACAAUGGCCCCUUCAUGGAUCAAGAACCCACCAAGAAACCCCUUUUGGGCAAAGAUGUGCCAGACCAAGCCCUGCAGACAGAGAACAAAGGGGGCAUUUUCAGAAGGAAAGACCAAAGUCAGGCACCAGAUGUGUCCGGGAGCAUCAAGAGCAGUGCGUCGAGUCUACGGAAGCCAUCCCGCCGCAGCAUCCCACGACUUCCUGGUCAGGAGUCCCGCCGGAGCAGCCAGCAAUCUGUUGGUGUGCAGUCCCCACCGAGCCUGAACCCUUCCCGAACACAGUCCAUCAGUGAGUCGGAUGCGAAGGACAUCACGUGGGUGAGCAAAAGGACGGGGAAGCUGAUGAAGUGUCGAACCCAGCAAACGAGCCUCAUAUGGGAGCAGAAGAGCUUUUCCGAUAUCCUCAGUAAUUCCAGCGACGAAUCCGACAGAAGCAGAGAGGGAUCAAUGGAAACCCUGAAUACAGUAGACGAGUCCGAGAUGAUGUAUUCGGAGGAAGUAUCACUGCAAGAAUCUUUGGGGAGCAAAGGGCGCCACAGCAGCCAGCAGCUGGAAGGGAAGGGGUCAAAGCGCAACAGCCUAAAGAGGGACUCUCGCAGGAACAGCCAGCGGUCCAUGGAGACACCUCUACUGCUCCCAAAGGGGAUUUGCCUCGACGAGGACAUAUCCUGGAUCAGCCCAAAGACUGGCAAGGAAAUGAAAUGCAAAGCUCAACAGACAAGCGUUGUUUGGGAACUGAAAACUCUCUCGGAAAUCCUGCAUACUUCCAGUCAGGAAUCUUUCCCCAAUGCCUUAGAAAUGGAUACAACCGAGUUGUCUUCUGAGACCGAGGCUGAACAGCAAGCCAGACGAGGGUCACAGCGCACUGUCCAACGACCAGAGAGCAGGCCGCCCAUGGGUCAAGAAUCUCGCCGAGGCAGCCUAGUUCCAGAAGCCAUAAAAUCCUGGCAGGAUACCCAGAAACUGGAGGAGCAAAAGCCAACGCUGUACAGGAAUGCUAAAAUGGACACCUUUAUGUCUGAGCAGGCCCAACAGACAGACAGCUGUGAGAGUCUAAAGGAAGAAUUGUUGCCCCACAGUCAACAGAGGGAUGCCUUGGUUGGAGCCCAAGUUGUUUCUCACCGUAGCAGCUUGCGAGAAGAUGCCCAAAUACCCCAGCCUGCCAAUCAAGAGCUUGUGUGGGAAGAGUCACAGCCGAGAACACCAACAGCAGUGGAUUUCCAGAGGGGUCACCCAAUGCCACCCCAGGGCAUUGGGAAGGACGUUGGUGUUGGGAAGGAGUCUAAUAUGCCAGCUGGUCUUCAAAGCAGGGUGAAUGAAGCCACCCAAGAACCUCCUCUUGAGCAAGGCACCUGGAUCAGCAAAAGGACGGGCAAAGUUGUGAAGAACAGGAGCCAGCAGACGGACAAGAGUUGGCUUCAGUACUGUGCAGCCAAAAGGCAGAAGGUCAAGAAGUGCACCAGCCAACAGACCGACGAGAGUUUCCUCCAGAGCUAUGCAGAGAGGAAAAUGAAGAAAGCGAGCAGGGAAUCCAUGCCUGCUGCCAGGGAUCAGCAGGAACAGCCCAGGACUGGGGACGCCAGCACUAUGUGCAGAAAUGAAGAUCCCAGAGGCUUCCUGCUCCAUGGUUCACAUUCAUUGUCACCGCAGAAUGAGCUAUGUGGUGCAGAAAUGGUGAAGGAAGGUAACCGUGCAGAGGCGGUGAGAGAAGGUAGCCGUGCAGAGGUAAUGAAGGAAGUUGGCCAUGCAGAGAUGGUGAAGGAAGGUGGCCCUGUAGAGGUGGUGAAGGAUGGUGGCCUUUCAGAGAUGGUGAAGGAAGCUGGCCCUGCAGAGGUGGUGAAGGAUGGUGGCCGUGAAGAUGUGGUGAAGGAUGGUGGCCAUGCAGAGAUGGUGAAGGAAGGUAGCCGUGCAGAGAUGGUGAAGGACGGUGGCCUUGCAGAUGUGGUGAAGGAAAGUGGCCAUGCAGAGAUGGUGAAGGAAGGUAGCCGUGCAGAUGUGGUGAAGGAAGGUGGCCCUGCAGAGGUGGUGAAGGAUGGUGGCCGUGCAGAGAUGGUGAAGGAAGGUAGCCGUGCAGAGAUGGUGAAGGACGGUGGCCUUGCAGAUGUGGUGAAGGAAAGUGGCCAUGCAGAGAUGGUGAAGGAAGGUAGCCGUGCAGAUGUGGUGAAGGAAGCUGGCCCUGCAGAGGUGGUGAAGGAUGGUGGCCAGGCAGAGAUGGUAAAGGAAGGUAGCCGUGCAGAGAUGGUGAAGGAAGGUAGCCGUGCAGAGAUGGUGAAGGAUGGUGGCCUUGCAGAUGUGGUGAAGGAAGGUGGCCGCGCAGGGGUGGUGAAGGAAGGUAGCCGGCGAAGCUCUCAUGAAGAUGGUAAGGGACCACUGCUGCUCCACACUGUAAAGGACCCCCCGAACAGCAAGCUUGUCAGAAGCUCUCUCCAGUGGCCAGAUGAUUCUGAACCUAAGUUGUAUAUGGAGAACGGCAUGCCAUACUCAUACUAUAUGGAAGGGGAGAUGACCAGAUCUAUAGCAUCAUUUCUCUGGAAGAUGGAAUCUGGAUGAACAGGAGAACUGGGAAAUUAGUGGUGAGUCACUUUCAGCAAACAGGUAAGACUGCUGUCCCAACCAUCAGCAGGACAUCUCUCCUGGGAAAGGGAGGCAACUCAGGAAGAGCCUUUGGGGCUCCUGGAAGUGGGUCGGAUGGAGCCAGGAGUGAUCAGGAGGAAUCUGAAAGAGAAGAAGCCCCGUCAGGUCAGGAAAGCCACCGUGGCAGUCAGCAAGAUUCCGACCGAGAUGCCAGCCUUAUCAUAGUGAAGCCUACAGGGGGGGAAUCUCAGUGUGCAGAUGAUGUUGAGAAGCUCCUGAGCCGUCGCCUGAGCGAGGCUAUGCUCUUGAGCAUAGAGUCUCCAGACGUGGGGGACGAAACUGCAUUGUACACUGCUGUCUCAGUGGAGAAAGGGAGUUGGGUGAACCUGAAAACAGGCCAGCUGCUGGAAUCUCAGAGUCAGCAGACAGAGGAGGAGCACAUUGAUCAAGUCCUUGUAGAGGAUGUGGAACUGUCAUCGGAAGGUGUUAGCCAGCAACAAGCACCUGGAGAAGGCCCAGUGGGAUUUCCAGUGCAGAGCCAUUCUAACAUGCAAGGAUUGGGAAGAGAAGGCCCUGUGGGAUUUCCAGAUCCAAGCCACAAUAAAACGCAAGGAUUGGGAAGAGAAGGCCCUGUGGGAUUUCCAGAGCCAAGUCACCAUAACAUGCAAGGAUUGGGAAGAGAAGGCCCUGUAGGAUUUCCAGAGCCAAGCCACUAUAACAUGCAAGGAUUGGGAAGAGAAGGCCCUGUGGGAUUUCCAGAGCCAAGCCACCAUAACAUGCAAGGAUUGGGAAGAGAAGGCCCUGUGGGAUUUCCAGAGCCAAGCCACAACAAAACACAAGGAUUGGGAAGAGAUGGCCCUGUGGGAUAUCCAGAGCCAAGCCACAACAAAACACAAGGAUUGGGAAGAGAUGGCCCUGUGGGAUUUCCAGAGCCAAGCCACCAUAACAUGCAAGGAUUGGGAAGAGAAGGCCCUGUGGGAUUUCCAGAGCCAAGCCACAACAAAACACAAGGAUUGGGAAGAGAUGGCCCUGUGGGAUAUCCAGAGCCAAGCCACCAUAACACACAAGGAUAUGGAGCAGAAGGCAUGGAUGAUGAUCCCAUCAGCAGAGACGAACAGCCAACUCCCGUGGGUCGUGGGUAGUUGAUAGAUCCACCAACCCUUGAUGGGCAAGGGCUGCUGGCACCUCGAAGAGAUGGAGAGCACCAGAGGUGCACAGACUCUAGGGAUGGAGAACAUGGAGGUCGAUAAAGAAGUCUUGAAGAUCAAAAGAGUAAUCCUCCCAGGGACAAGGAAGGAAACACAAAAUAAAAAAAGAUGACGAAACCAAUUAC